CGGUUGGUAGCAGUGUCUUUAAUCGUGUGUCAGUAGUUUGGUAUUUUCAUAUUCUAUGUUCUAAUUCAUUCUAUUUUGCGCCGCAAAUGUAGUGUUGUACUGCAGCUGUUGUUAAAACUUGAAAGUCAUCAAAAAUGAGUCGUGACGAGUCCUUCGUUGCUGUGAAAAACACUGCAGAGUCCAUGGUUCCGUCAAUCGGGUCCGAUGAUGAAGAUUCAUUUGUCGUUUUGGAAACUUCAAAUUCCAUCAGCGAAAGUUUGUCUUGCAGCCCUCCAAGGGACGAAAUCUUGCCCCCAAUAAGGACAAAUAAGGUUCACGAAAUGGAAAAUCUAAUCAGGAUGAAAAUAUCACAAAUUACCGUUGAUCCGUUGCCAGAAUUACCAGCAGCUGUUGAUGCGAUUGUGCCCUCAGUUGCAAGUAUUGCAAUAUCGCCGGAUUCGUCGUAUGAAGAGAUUCAAAAACAAGUGGAAGAACUGAUUAAGGAAAACGAAAAGUUGAAGAAUAUCAUCGCACAAAAUAACAUGAGUAUGAAGGCGCAGUAUACGAGGUUUUUGGCCUACAGGGAUGAGGUCACCAAUGUGAUGAAGUCCUACAAAGAUAAGUUCAACGAUGCCAAAAUGUGCAUAGAUAAGUAUAAAGAAGAAAAUGCAAAGUUGGUUAGUGACGUUGAAGUUUACAUCAAUCUUAAAAAGCUCCAUGAAGAAGAAAUCUUGAAUUUGAAACUGAAGCUUAAGGAAUUGGAAAAUUUGACCAACGGCCCCAACUUUUCAGUUGUUGACACAAGGAAAUUAGCAAUGAUGAAGGAUUUAGAACUGAAACAGGAAGAAAUUGAAAGACUGACGCAAAAAUUGGUGAAUGUACCGAACCUUGAACAGGAAUUACAAACCAAGCAGCAACAAAUUGACGACUUUAAACUGGAUAUUCUCGCCGCAAAAAAUCGCGAAAGCGACCUAAUUGACGAAAUCCAGUCAAUGAAGACAACAACCACCGACCUCCAAUCAAAAUUGGAUAAUUUAACAAAAGAAAACGCAAAACUCGUCCAAUCAUCGACGGCAGCCCAAACCUACGACCAGCUCCUCAAACUGAAAGAAACGGAAAUCUUGAAACUGAAGGAAGAACAACAACGCACCGCUUUCGUCGAAUCCACCCUCAGUGAUGAGAUAAAAACCCUAAAAUCGCAACUUAAGGAGCUCCAAGACAAGUACAACCCGCGUUUGGCCGAAGAUUAUGCCCAAUCCCGGGCCCAGUUGAGCGUUGCCCAAAGGACAAUCACAGCAUUGGAACAGGAAAGGGAACAGAAGAUUAAAGAAAUCGAAGAUUUGCGUAAACUACUUCAAGAAAAUACAAGUGCCAACGACGAAAUGUUCGCAUUGAAGGAACAAAUCGAAGUGUAUAAGAACGAUUUUGAAGCAGAGAAGAAGAGCAAACUUGCGAUGAAACAAGAGAAGGACCAGGUUGUUGAAGAUUUGCAGAAUCUGCAAACGAGGAACAAACAACUGCAGAAUGAAGUGGAGAGGCUGAGGGCGAGGAACGAGCCGCCGAGGGCCGAGGGGUAUCAGUGCCCCAAGUGCUCGUUCGGAUUUAAUAAUUACCAGUCAUUGGAAAAUCAUGUUCAUAGGUGCUUGGAUUUGGACGGUUUUCCCUAAAUAUAUUUUUUGACUAGUAUUUGUUUAUUGUUCUUAUAUAAAUAUCUAAAGGAAUUAAUAAGUUUAACAAGGCCAUCGUAAUUGUUUGGAAAUGUAUUAUUUUGUAGUUACUGUUCCUCGUUUACAACAAUAAAUACGAGUUAAUAAAGUU